CAUAUUUUUUGUUGUCAACAUUUUGUUUUUUCUUAAUCACUUUUGACUUAUUGGUAUUUAAAUUUGUAAUUACAAUUUUUUUCUUCUUCUUUUCUACUUAAACAUGGAUGCUAAAAUAUUACCAAUUCGCUGUAAAACUAAGACUGGAAUCGUUAGUUUAAAUUACCUGACUGAAGAAAGUACAAUAGGAGACCUAAAAGAAGCCGUAUUACAAUUAACCAAAAUUUCACCGGAAAGAUUGAGAAUUCGUCGUGGUUACCCUCCAGUUACAGUUAAUUUAGAAAAUAAUUCUUCUAAAAUACUUGAUGUUCUAUCUUCACCCAAAGAGAUUAUAAUAAUUGAAGAGAUAAAUAUAAGUGAACAUUUAUCUUCUUCUUCUUCUUCCUCUUCCUCUUCCGUAACGAUGCCACCACCGUCCACCUUAAGAUCAUCACCUCAACCCUCAACUUCAUUUAAAUCAUCAACUUGCUCCAUUAAACCGAAAGAAUCAAUUAACAAAUCUGAAUCAUCUAAAGGUGUCUUAUUGCGAAGAGUUGUACCUGCAAACAAUUCGUGUCUCUUUACAAGUAUCAAUUUCUGCUUAACCAAUGGUCGAUACGAGGAAAGUUCUGGAACCUCAUUGAGAAAGAUAAUCGCUAAUACGGUUGCCGGUGAUCCAAUAUUCUAUAAUGAAGCUUUUCUAGGUAAAUCAAAUUCGGAUUAUGUCAAAUGGAUUUUAAAUGAUAACCAUUGGGGUGGUGCUAUUGAAAUUUCUAUUCUCUCAAAUCAUUAUUCUAUUGAGAUUGUUGUUGUUGAUACACAAAAUACUAGACUAAAUCGUUUCGGUGAAGACAGAGAUUAUUCAAAUAGAAUUUUGAUUAUUUACGAUGGAAUUCAUUAUGAUCCAUUAAUGUUCGAACCUGUUGAUCGUGUUAACCGAAUGGUCACAAUUUUCCCGAUUACCGAUGAUUUUAUACUUUCUAUGGCAUUAGAAUUGGCCAGUGAGGCCAAAGCUAGUCGACAAUUUACCGAUGUUCAAAAUUUUACUCUCAAAUGUUUAACUUGUAAUACUGGUCUUCAAGGGCAAAUCGGUGCUCGACAACACGCCAUGGAAACUGGUCACAUCAAUUUCGGAGAAAUUUAAACUUUCCCGUUGCCGAUUAAUUUUCAUUAUUCCCUCUCGGUUUCUCACCUUAAAAUGCCUUUCUAAUCAUCCCUAACAAUUAUAUAAUCUCUUGCGAUUAUUACUAUUAUUAUUAUUUGAUUAUUUGUUUUCUUUUUGUUUCCAUUACAAAAUCAAAACUCACAUAAUUAUAAUUAACUCUUUAUAUUGUUUUUUCCUUUUUUUUUUGAUUGAGUUUUAAUUGUUAUUAUCUCAAUCAAUUAUCAUCGUCAAUUGAAAUAUUAUUACAAUA